UGAAACGCAUUAUGUAUUUAUUGUUUUUUUAUCAAAUAUCCUACCGCACAAGGAUAACAAAUAUAAAUUUCUAACAAAUUUGCAAACUUAAUUAUCACGUGGUUUGGGCUCUUUAGCAGGUUAACUGUAGAAGCAAUAAACAUUCAAAAUGCUACGUAUUUUGAAGCGCAUGCUCGGUUUCCCAUUUAUAAAAGUUCUCCUGCAUACUAUUUCAAUUAAAAUUUUGUUCUUACGCUGAUACGUUUGUGGAUUACUAAUUCAGGUUGCGAAAUCACGUCAUGUCCGAUAGUAGUGUCCCGUCGUAUCAGAUGCAAUCAAAUAGUACCGACAUGGCUGAAACGCCAGGUGAUCUGCGGGUCAAAAGUCUACUCUUAUCUACGGGCAUCGAUUCCCGCUGGCUGCAUCCAGCGAAAUUUUCUAUGAGAUGUUUACGACAGGACAGCAUGCACCUUCUAGUGCACACGGAGAUCCCAUAUCUGUGCCCGACAUCGAACCCGAAACCUUUGUGGAAAUGCUGAAGUUUAUUUAUUACGAUAAUCCCACAAUCAGAGAGGACAACUUGGUCGAACUGUACUAUGCGGGUAAGAAGUACAACCUGAGUGGACUGAGAAAUCGUUGCCAGCAAUUUGUGCGAAAGGAGGAAGCAUCGGUGAUGAAGAUCUUGACCGCCAACGUAAAGCAUGGUUUCGAAGAGUUGAAUAAGGCUUGUCUGAAGACAAUUUGUGCCAAUCCGUUGGUGAUGUUUAGGAGUUCGGAUUUUUUGGAACUGCCACUAGAACUGGUGGAGAAGAUCGCCGGACAAAGUAAAUUGCGUUGCAACGAUGACCAACUGUUGGACUGCCUGAAAAGAUGGACAAAGCACCAGAUUGAGGUGGCUAAUCAACAAGAAGCAUUCACGAGACUAGCUGAGAUUGUUGAGAGAAGCCGGGAACAUAACAGGGACUAUGAGUGUAGGAAGUGGCUAUUCUUCGGACCGAUUUGCUACACUGUCGAUCCAUGUAAGGGUACGUUCCAUGUCACAGCUUUGAAACCACUUGAUCUGUACGGAGUUGGAAUCUACAUUGGCUGCCACGAGAACGAGCUGCCCGUUUCGAUGUCCAUCGUAGUGAUGAGCGGGGACAAGAUGAUUAGACGGUGGCAAGCCAACAUACCCGUUAGAGAAGACAUUUACGUAUAUGACUGCAUGUUUGAAAGGGUUUCGCUUCGCGAGAACUCCAAAGUGACGAUAGUUUGCGAUGGACCACGAAAGACGGAUGGUCCACUGAAAAAGUUCACAUUCUGGAACAGAGGCUUCACAUGGACUGGGGAUAAUUCGGUGCUGAAGUUGGAAGAUGAUCGUAAUUAUGAGCACACAGCCAUCGCGUACAUUUUGUAUCAAACUAAACUUGUCAAUGAAACAAUUUAGUUUCGUUCGACAAGUAAAUGGUCGGUGUUAGCAGAAUGGUUUUUUUUUUUACUUUUUUGAGGAAAACGCGCUCCGGUCCAUCCAUCGUAAAUUGGUAGGUCUUCACCUAACUUAAGUGUAGAUGGGCGGACGCUGUUGGCCAGGGUGAAGGCUGAUAAAUUACAAUUACAAUUACAAAUCACAAAAACGCGAUCCGGUCCAUCCAUCGUAAAUAAGUCAUAGAUUGAAUUGUGUGAUCAUCACAAACUUUAUAAGUCAUCCUCAAGAAUAAACU